UUUGUUUUGAUUAAAAGGUUUGCUGUUUGACAUCCAUAUUUACCUACUCGCCUAAGUAAAUGUGUCAAGUCCCGCAUUGGAAUGAAAUCACACAACUUCAUUAACAUCAUCCCUUUGGUUUCCAUCUGAGCCUUGAAAUCCGACUCCUUGGAAGAUUGCCGAGACGAAUGAUGAGUCAAUAUGGACCCGCGCUUCCUCCCCAUCUUCAAAAACUCCGAGAUUCCGACCAAACUGACGAUCCUCACGACCCUAGCGACGAGGUCCCCGUUAGUGACUCCUACGGGCCCGCCCUACCACCGGGUUUUGCCCGUAAGCGUACCAGUACUGAACCGCUAAGUCAUGCCCCUGAAAAGAUUCAAGUGGGGCCUUCGCUGGCCCGCAAUUCGAUCACAGACCACAAUGACGACGACGACGAUGACGACGACGAAGUGAUUGGACCCACCCCUCCGAAACCCGGAUCGGACCAAGAGCAGGCUCAAUCAGUGGCCAAAGACCUAGAGGCUCGAGCUCAACGAAUGAAAGACCGCUUAGAAGGCAAAGACCGCCCCGAAGUCAAAGGUCGAGAGACCUGGAUGCUGGAGUUGCCGCCCGAGCGGACGAAGAACUUUGGCAUGGGACCCCGACAGUUCAGUAAAUCCACCAAGGACAAACCCAAAGGUGAUCGUUCCGGUUGGACGGACACGCCGGAGAUCAAGGCCCGGAAAGCCCGGGGCGAGUAUGUCGAGGAAGUCACGACUAAUUCAGCGGAACCGGAUGAAGAUGUCUUUGCAUACUUGGCUAGUUUGAAACGAGAUGAAGCCAUGGACAAAGUGGCCCACCAAUUGCGCGAUAAACGCGGCUCUGAAAGUCUGAUGGAGGAGCACACCCGAAAGAAAAGCCAGCCCAAGAAGGGCCAAAGUGGGACGACGGGUCCGACGAAGGAGCGACGAUCCUUUGAUCGGGAUAUUGACUUACAAGCCAAUCAGUUUGACAACGCCCAAAAGGAAAUGAUGCUCAAGAAAGCUCGCCAGCUCAAUGAUCGCUUUUCAGGCGGAUCUCAAAAAUAUUUAUGAUCUGAGGCUAACAUUUCUAGACUGAUAAACCUGUCAAAAUCUUUC